AUUGAACUUUUGACACACAAACGAGCCAUGUCGGGUACGAUGGACACCUCGGAUGAUGAUAAUUCCGAACACUCGCAGGGAGAUAAGUCCGCAAAAUCUCGCUGGACGAAGCAUGAGGAUGCCGCCCUGAAACAGCUGGUGGAACAGUACGGAGAACGGUGGGAUAUCAUCUCGAGGCUGCUCAAGGAUCGUACCGACGUACAGUGUCAGCAGCGCUGGACGAAGGUGGUGAAUCCGGACCUGAUUAAGGGACCGUGGACAAAGGAGGAGGAUGACAAAGUGGUCGCCCUGGUCUCAAAGUAUGGUCCAAAGAAAUGGACACUCAUCGCACGGCAUCUGCGCGGACGCAUUGGCAAACAGUGCCGCGAACGGUGGCACAAUCAUCUCAACCCGAACAUCAAAAAGACCGCCUGGACGGACGAGGAAGAUCAGCUCAUCUACGAGGCCCACAGACAGUACGGCAAUCAGUGGGCGAAGAUCGCCAAAUUGCUGCCCGGCCGAACGGACAAUGCGAUCAAAAAUCACUGGAAUUCGACGAUGCGUCGCAAGUACGAAGGGCCCGAUGCGACCCGACGACGCGUGAAGCUCAUGUCACAAUCGAACCAACCGCAGCAACAGCUACACCAAGACUAUCAGCAGCAAAGUGGUGGAUCGAACGCGGAACUGGAUGAGACCCGCAGUGGUGAAACGAAAUUGAAACGCUAUCCACCGCACGAAAGCCUGCAGAACAUUAUCCGCAACAGUCGUAAAAAACCAUCGAUCGAUGAGCGCAGGUUCCGGGAUGAGGUACCGCUGGAGGAGGGGCACAUCGAUGCUAAGGUGGCCGUAUCGACGGAGCAAGGUGAUUUCUUGAUACGCCCAUUGCCGGACCGGGAAAAGCAGUAUCUCAUUGAGCCGGUGUAUCCGACGCGGCUGAACAUGAAGCUGUUCGACGAAAGCAAUGUGUCCAACAACAACAAUAACAAUAAUACCCUUACCGAUGUGACACAAAGCACACUGGGUGGAGGAGGUGGAGGAACGGCUGGCGGGUACCCGAUGGCGGUCGGUGAUCAGCAAUAUAUGCCGGCCAAUAUUGAUCUACACGAACUGAUCAAUGCGACGCGUAAUGAUAGCAGUGACUCGCCGGAGCACACAGAACGAAAGGGACGUCAGUCAGGAACGCCGAACAUAUUGCGAAGAAAGCGGAAGUUAAAGGAUGAUCAAGAGAUGCACGAACUGCUAUCGAUGCAGGAGCACUAUGCCGAUCAGCAAGGUGGUAAUGGGGUUGCACAGACUGCUGGCAAUAAUAAUGCACUGAGCGUCAACGGCCCGGACGGUAAUGGCUAUCAUCGUAUCGGUGUGGAUAAAAUGCACCUCCUGUCACCUUCCAUAACGCCCAUCAAACCGCUACCCUUCUCACCGAGCCAGUUCUUGAACUCGCCCAGCCUGAACGUGUCCUUCGAUCAGCUUCCCGCCAGUACGCCCGUCAAACGAGCAACAGUUAAACAGAACGACACUAGUCUCCUAAGCACUCCCGUUCCAGUGAAGGACGUAUCGGCAAAGGUUGAAGUGAAAGCCGUCUCGACCAAUGCGAAACCUGGCGAACAUGAGGAUGAUACGAAAAUUAAAACACCGUUGAAGGAAGCCGGUAAAAUGCCAAUCGAACCACGGACGCCGACUCCGUUCAAGAACGCAAUGGCAGAGUUGGGAAAGCGGCGCUCAGAAAUCUAUGUACCUCCAAGCCCUGCCCGCAUCGGUGAGGACAUUGCCGAAAUAAUGAACCAAGAGCAGGCGAAGGAAAACUCGAAGGACGAAACAUCGUCCACGAUUGCGAGCAGCAGUGACCUAUCGACUGGCAAUAAAACGGUCAUUAACAAUGGUCCAACGGUUACGGUUGAUUCGAAGGAAAACACGGUGCCAUCGCGAAGUGGUCAACUGUCUCCGCGGGUAGGAAAAAAGCCGGCCAACUCUUCGUCAAUGAUAACAAAUCAAUGGGAAAACUCGGACAUGAGCUUUUUCGCCGAAACACCGAGUAAAUCUCUUAUUUCGGACUCGGGUGUAACACUGUCACCAUCCUUGCGUGAGCAACUACUGCUCGACGGUAGCGGUGAUGCGAAGGAUCCUAACAAGUCCACCACAAAAUCACCGGUGCCCGUUGACCCGAAGUGGGAAAAGUAUGCGUGCGGCAAAACGCGCGAUCACAUGAUCGUUUCGCAGCAAGCACACGGUUGUCUCAAGAAGACAUCCCUUCAGCCAAGAUCGUUAAACUUUUAUAAGUAA